AUGUGGCCUCCAGUUCCCUCUUCCCCUCCCCUUCGCACUCCUCUCGCUGUUACUUUCGAGGACAGUGACUCCGAGUCUGAGAUCGGCCUUCCCGACUACGAGUCCAUGUCUCCCGUCGUUGCUCGUCUUGAGAAGCUGGCUGUCAGUCACAAGAAUGACGAAGUUGAGGAUUCCUUCACUACCGAUGAUUGCACCUCCAUUGAGGAUGACACUUCUGUCGGAAGCAAGACUCUCCACGAGGACAGCACUCCUCCCGAGUCCCCCAUCGAGGCAUUCCUCCCCCGACCCGAGACACCCAAGGCUCACUGCCCCUGGGACCCUGCCGCAAAGUUCAAGUUCCGCAAUGGUCGUGUCUACACCUACGAGCAGCUUCAGGUAAUGGCGCUUGAGCUUGCUGAAGCCCGACACAAAGGAGAGUUUCCUCUUGAUGCCGAGGACAUCUCUGAUGCCCACGCCGUCGUCGAGGACUUCAACUCACUGAACUAUCUUCGCCGCAUUCGUGGUGACUUGGCUGCUCCUGCUCCUGACUCAUACAUCCAUCUUCGCGAUCAAAUUGCCCUAGGGAUCCAGCAGCGCCAUGCAAGCCGUCAACGCGAGGCUCACCAGGAAGUCACCCGUCGUGUCAACCACUACCUUCAAGCUGUCGAGGCUGAGCAGCGCUACUACAACGCUGCUAGCACUACCCUCCAGCGCCGCGGAGUUGCCCACCCUGUUCAGCAGGACUUUAUUGACCACAACGAUGACAUGUGCUCCAUGGUCGAGCAUACUAUCGAGCAGGGUAUUGCCGAUGCCACUGGACCUCUUCGUAUGAAUGUCGGUCGACUCCAAGAGCAGACUGGCGCCCUUGGCAAGUAUGCUGGUGACCUCCAACACCAGACUGGUGCUCUUCGCAAGUAUGCCGGUAAUCUUCAGCAGCAAAACAAAGCCUUUCAAGAGCAAACUCGCCUUCUUGAGCAACAAACCAUUGCCCUUCAGAAGUAUACCAGUGAUCUCCAAGAGCAUACCGGUGCUCUUCAGCAGCAGUCUGUAUGGCAAUCCAACCAGCAAGACAAGUUCUUCCAGCAGCAGCUUAGUAUUAUCGAGAAGCAGAACCAACUGUACCAACGUCGAGGCUUCUCCAGCCGCGCUGAGAGCCGCUUCUUCGACAAGCGAACCGGAGCUCUCAAGAAGCACACUGGCGCCCUUGAACAGCAAAACCAAGCCAUGCGACAGAACCUUGAGUACCACAAUGCCUCUCUCACUCAGCUGCACGGCGUCAUCGGGUCUGAGAUGAAGAACAACAGGGCAACUGCCCACAACCUCGCCUCGGCCAACCAGCUCGUCAACAACCUGGCAGAGGAGUUCCCCAAGGCCAUCAAGAAGGCUCUUGACGAGGCUGCCCAGAAGCAAGCUGAUGAGCUUCUUGAACGGAUCACUCGAGUCGUCCGCGAAGAAGCCCUUGCUCUCCCCAACACUGACACCGCUCUUCAGGCUGAGAAGGUUGGACAGAAGAAGAAGUUCGUCGAGGGAUCUGAUGGAAUCGAACGAAGCGAGCGAUCUUCGCUCUACCGCAUGGUUUGCAAGUUCAAGCGCCGCCGCAUUUCGCGUGAUUGA